CCGGGAUGCAGCCGGGGCAUGGCCGCCGGGCCCCUGUCACCUGCCGCGGGGAGCGCUGAGCCCGUUGGAAAGCUGCCUCUGAGACCCUGAAGCUUUUCCUGCUGAUACUUGCUCCUCCCCAGUAACCCUCCAUCCCCAGGGGAGCCCCAGAAAGAACGCCAGGGGGGCCUUCCUGCUGCCACAGAACCACCUCGCCCGCCACUCCCAGCGCUAAGUCAGAGCUGCCUGAGAAAGACUCUCCACGCGUUUCCCUCGAGCUGGUCUGCAGGCCCCUCCGGCUGGGACCCUGUCCUGGGAGCUGCCGUCUGCAAACAGAGAGCCCACAGUGCCUCGGGAAAAAUUGGCUGAAUAAAAGGGCAAUCAGGACGCCACGGCUCCGCCUGAAGCAAUGGCCCAGCCCUACCCCCCGGCCCAGUACCCCCCUCCGCCACAGAACGGCAUCCCUGCCGAGUAUGCCCCACCCCCACCGCACCCCACGCCGGACUACUCGGGCCAGACCCCGGUCCCCCCGGAGCAUGGCAUGACCCUGUACACACCAGCACAGACCCACCCGGAGCAUGUGGUUUUCCCAGAUCCCGAGUCGGUGAGUCACCUGUACCCAGGAGCAGCCAAGGCACAGGAACGAGGGCACGUGCAGGCCAGACCAGGAGUCUCGGAGACCUGCCACCUCACUCCCCCUGACCAGCUGUUCGUCCCCAGACUGAAGGGGGGCUUCUGGUGUCAGCACUUGUUGGUGAAGCCCCAGGAACAAGCUGGAAACCCCCAACGUUCCCUGUCCUCCCAGAGCUCGGGCUGUCGGGAGGCAGACAGACGAGGCGGCACAGACGGACAGCNAGAUGACGCGGCGCCCACGGAUGGCCAGCCCCAGACACAGCCUUCGGAAAACACGGAAAACAAGUCCCAGCCCAAGAGGCUGCAUGUCUCCAACAUCCCCUUCCGGUUCCGGGAUCCGGACCUCCGGCAAAUGUUUGGCCAAUUUGGUAAAAUCUUAGAUGUUGAAAUUAUUUUUAAUGAGCGAGGCUCAAAGGUAAGCAACUUCAUUCACUUUAGACUGGUUUAGCUUUGUUUUGAAAUGCUUGUUAUAAUUACGGGGAAACAACUGCACUGUUUUAAUCAGCACGUUGUGAAAAUGCACUUCCGUGGGAAUUCCUUUAGGGACCACCCCCCUCACCCCACCCCCGUUUCCAAAAUGAUGGGGGAUACACUGGAUUCAAUUUAAAAUGUAUAAGGGGGUAUUUGAAAAUGGCUGUUUUAUAGAUGUCUAUAUAUCAAGUUUCCAGAAGAAAACUACCCGUGCUUAAAGAAAUAAUGUUGUUGCUGCAUUUUUGUUUUUCAGUGAUAAUUAUGUUCUUUAUAUUAAAAAGUGAGUUCAUAGUCUCAUGAGCAGGUAAAUAUGUGAUUAUUCUGUAUUAAUAAAGUGCAGUUAUUUUCCUGGGUUGUAGGGGAGAAAAUCUCAUAUACACCAACCUUUUGAAUAAAAUUUAAUCCAUUAGUCUGUGUACCCAACCACAUUUUGCAAUUUGCCAUUGCUCUGAGUUAGUUUUUUCUAGGAAACCAAUUUUUAAGUAGAUUUUUCUUACAAGUAACAGUGUUAGUAAAAAUCAGAGGUUAGGGAUUUCCCUGGUGGUCCAGUGGUUAAGACUUCACCUUCUGA